AUGACACUCAUUAGAAAAGUUAAGAAAAAUGUUUUACAAACUUUUAAAGAAAUAUAUAAAAGAGGAAAAAGUUUAAAUAUUCAUAAGACUACAUUUUUAUGUCAAACAUACGAAAAAAAUUGUUGGAGAAAAACAAGAUUGAGAGAAGAAAAAGUUUAUUAUAAAAAAUAUAAUUUUUUAAAGCACGCUUACGAUGUUAUUAAUUACGGUAUUGAUAAUAACUUAAAAUUUGAAAUAGAUGAAAAAAAUAUUAUUGAGGAAGACUCUUAUUUAACUGACGAAGUAAAAUCAGAAUCAGAAAAAAAUGUAAAAAAUGAUAUAAGUGUUACUGAUAAAGAAAUAAAAAAUAUUCUAAAUUGCUUAGAAUAUAUAAAUAGAAAAUAUAAUGAUAAUUAUAAGAAUGUUACAAAUUUGUAUUAUAGUGUUCUGAAUAAAAAUAUUAUUUUAAAAAAAAUGGAAUUUCUAAAAAAAUAUAAUAAUUUAUAUAAUUCCACAGAUUUAUUAAUUAUUUAUUACUAUUUAAAAAAAUUAAAAUUAUUAAAUAAUAAAAAGAAUUACUUAGUUAAUAAGUUGCAUAUAUUAAAAUCAAGAAGAAACAUAUUAGAUAAAAUAAAUUAUUCUUUCCCAAUACAUAAAUUGAAUGAAAUGUUCUAUACUCAUAAUAAAAAAAUCAAUGUGUUAUAG